UGAAUUGUUACAAGACCGUUUCGCAUAUGACCUUCACGAGGUUGCACCUGUUUCAUACAGAAUAUGCUGCGGAUCUCCUUUUGAUCCACUAGAUUUAUCAUACGUUGAUUUGUCUAUGGGAUAAAAAUUCCUUAUUGUUUUGUCCACGGUCUCACUUAACGUAGUGGUUUACAUGUGGCCGCUUCUUCUGAGUGUUAAGAUACUUUUUUUUACCGACUUUUCAUAACCAAAAGAAAAGUUGAUAGAAGAUAAAUGAUGAUUUCAUGCAAGGCCGUUAGAUUACCUUCACGUGAUUCACCUGUUUAAUAAACAAAACUCGAUUACUUAGUCUAAUCCAGUAGUUUUGUUCAUAAUUUUCUCGCUGUUCCUCCCAUAAUCAAUAUAUGAUUCAUUCAAUUAAUUCCGCAGGUAAUGAGUAAUGUUGUUAUGUACAUUUAAUUUAUAAUUAGUCUCAAUCAAGUUAUUUUCUAAAUUAACUAUAAUUACUUUUCAUUGAUAGAUCAAACACAACCAAUCAACACUAAUAAUGCAUGAUUGAUUGUCUACUACUACUACUAUAUACAAAAUAUCCUCUACAGCAGCUCUCUUAAAGCAUCGGUCUUUCCAAAGUGGAAAUUGAACUAUGUUUUGCGCGAAUAAUUCCUUCCUCUUAUUUUCUUCUUUUUCAGAAGAGAACCUCUCAAGUCUAGCAACGAGGAGCAGCGGAGAGAAAGAUAAUCGACGACGAAGUGGAAUUUCUAGUGAACAUUUAUUAGCUUUUCUAUUAUCCCACCCGCCGUAGUGCUGCAUAUUGUUCGAUCCAAGAUUUUUGCGCCGACAGAGUGUGUAGUAUUGGCAGGAAUCGAGAGAUCAACUUUACGAUAUGAUCAGGAAUGUCGGACAACGGAACUAUACGGUACGUCGGGGGCGUCGACGUCGUAAGCAACGGCAUCAACUGCAACGUCACAUCGACGACGGCGACGACGACUGCGACGUCCGCCUUCUCGAUGAUGGAUGGGGGAUUGGUGGCGGCGGGCGUUGGAGGCGGUGGUGGAAACCAACACAUACAAGAGUUGGCCCUGGCAGGUCUCCUCAGCGUCGUCAUCGUCGUCACGGUGAUUGGCAACACUCUGGUGAUUCUAGCAGUGCUAACGACCCGGCGCCUCCGCACCGUCACCAAUUGCUUCGUCAUGUCCUUGGCGGUCGCCGAUUGGCUCGUCGGCAUUUUCGUCAUGCCACCGGCCGUCGCCUACAGACUAAUGGGUGAAUGGGAAUUGGGUUGGAUCCUGUGCGACAUAUGGGUAUCGUUGGACGUCCUCUUAUGCACCGCGUCCAUCCUGAGUCUUUGCGCGAUCAGCGUGGAUCGUUACCUGGCCGUGACGCAACCGCUGAGCUACUCGAGGAAGAGACGAUCCAAGCGGCUCGCCUUCAGUAUGAUCCUCGUCGUGUGGAUAAGUUCGGCGCUCAUCACAUGCCCCCCGAUGUUUGGAUGGUACGAGCACGGAAGGCACACUGGCAAAACGUGCAGAUACAACAAGAACACGGGCUACGUCAUCUUCUCGGCGAUGGGCUCGUUCUUCAUUCCGAUGGUGGUGAUGCUUUACGUGUACGUGCGGAUCUCGUGCGUCGUCGCCCAACGACACGAUCAGCUCUCGAACAUCGAGGGAAGAGCACAGAAGAGCCAGAAGCUCGUGUUGAGUAGUAGCAAGGAGGACGAAGACGAGGAAGUCGAACUCGAGCGCGCGUCUUCCGAAUGCGAUGACCAUCAUAAGCUGCAGCAGCAGCAACGUGAAGAUGAGAAUGAGGAGAAGGUCGUCUGCACGCGAUACUUUUCCAGUGGUGGCGAGGAUGAAACCGUCGUUGCCGCCAAUCAUCAUGUGGCCGUCGAACUUCGCCGCAAACCCAUCGUAGACCGUCGUCAUUGUCGCUCGCUGCGAUCUACCCUCAGCUAUUCCUUCAAGUCCGACCCGAGAACUUCAUCCCUGUACAUGACUACGACGACGACGACGAAGACCCUCUCGACCAAUCAACCGAAGCAAGAGUCCAUCCACAGAGACAUCCACUCCGUGUUAAAUUACGAACCCGCGUCGAGGGUCGCCUCCUUCAGGAGGGAGACGAAGACGGCGCAAACGCUGAGCAUCGUCGUCGGCGGUUUCGUCGCUUGCUGGCUUCCAUUCUUCAUCUACUAUCUGCUGACUCCCUUCCUGCCUUCGAGUCCCACCACCUCCGUCGUCAUGGGUUAUCUGACGUGGCUCGGAUGGAUCAAUUCUGCCAUCAAUCCGUUCAUUUACGCCUUNUACAGUCCAGACUUCCGGAUAGCCUUCUGGCGUCUCACCUUCAGGCACUUUUCGAAGACGCGACGAGCCGACGUCAACGCCGCCGCCACAGCCGCCUCAACAGCAGCCGCCGCUGCAACCGCCUUCCAACACAAGUAGACAGCAGUAGACGUGACUGAUCAUCGAUCAUCAUUAUUACCACCUACCAUCCUUCCUCCUAAACACUGCUGCUGCUGCUGCUACUACUGCUAUCUUCUUGUAAAUAAUAACGUUUUAAUUUAU